UCACCAAGGUGUCCAUUGGCUGCGCGGGGACGUCAGCGGGGGGACGCGGCGCGCGGCCUGCCCCCUCGGUCCGCGGAGCCGGCUCGGUGGGGCAAGCGGAGCCUGGCGGCUCGACCCGGGACGGCGACCCCGCCACGCGCUGUCAGGACCGGAGCGCCGCGCCCGCCCGCCGCCGCCCCGCUCACCGUGACCCCCCGACUCUGUCUGGGUGGGCCCGCGCGCCCCCAGGCCCGACCAAGGGCGGCGUGAAGGGGAGGAUGAGCGGCGGGCGGCGGAAGGAGGAGCCGCCGCAGCCGCAGCUGGCCAACGGGGCCCUCCGAGUGUCCGUGUGGAGCAAGGUGCUGCGGAGCGACGCGGCCUGGGAGGACAAGGAUGAAUUUUUAGAUGUGAUCUACUGGUUCCGCCAGAUCAUUGCUGUGGUCCUGGGGGUCAUCUGGGGAGUGCUGCCCUUACGGGGCUUCCUGGGAAUAGCAGGAUUCUGCCUCAUCAAUGCGGGAGUCCUGUACCUCUACUUCAGCAACUACCUGCAGAUUGAUGAGGAGGAGUACGGCGGCACGUGGGAGCUCACCAAGGAAGGCUUUAUGACCUCCUUUGCCCUGUUCAUGGUCAUCUGGAUAAUCUUCUACACUGCCAUCCACUAUGACUGAGGCUGUGCGACUCACACCCGCUCCCUGCCCCAUCCAGAGGCCGCUCAGGCACAGCACAGACGCAUAAUUGUUGAGCCACCCCAGCUGCAUGGGACUUGGAAGACCCAUGUUUACUGGACGAAGAAUCAGUGUGUCGGGCGUCUCUACUACAGGGUUGUGCCCUAAGACUUUUUAAGGAACCGUUCCCCUCUGGGAAGCAUUUCUGAGUGAGUCCUUCGCCACCCUUCCUGCCGGAUGCUGGCACAUGGUGGUCACUGGCUGCACGCUAGGAGCUGUUGCUUUAGCUGCUGCGCCUCUGGAUCCUGACAACACGUUCAGUUGUCUUCCUCGGUCUUCUGUCAGGUGCACAGUUUUUUAAAACUAUCAGUGGCAUUUCAAGUCUUCUGAAAACAGUGUGGCAAUAUGUGCAUGGGCCAUUGCACAGUACAGCAGCAUCUAAUAACAGUUUCCAUUAUAGAAUGUUUUCAGAUACUUGAAUAAAUCAAAUCAUUCAUUAA